AUGGUUGGCUCCUUGUUCACUCUGGUGCUCCUCGUAGCUCUGACCUGGGCGCGGGCGAUUGUCACCAACGAAUGCCAACACAACGUCUGGAUCUGGUCCCAUCCGGUCACCGGGUCUAGCCACACUGAAAACGUCCCCAUCAAGCCCAGCGGCCAAUACCAGGAACCCUGGCGUCUCGGAACCCCGGACGCCCCUGGCAUCGCCAUCAAGAUCUCAUCUCAAGCAGACGGUCUGCUUAGGCUAGCAGACGAGAUUGAUUUUGCCUAUUCAAUCGACAAGUAUGACAAAUCCAAGAUUUGGGUUGAUUUGUCCUUGGUCCGAGGAGCGACUCCGUACAACAAGAUGUCCUUCCACACGUGUGCUUCUCGAUACAGCACUGCCGAUGUGGAUCCACAAGAGUGCGAUGCGACAGACGAUGUCGAGUUGGUUCUUUGCGGCACAACUCGGACGAUGCCUGCCAAGGACUAUGCAUCAAUCGAGCAGAUACGGGCCUGCUAUGAACCUGACAAGCCCACCUACCGGAGAUCCUCUGAGGUAUUGACUGGCGACGUGGAUGGAUCGAAUGAGCAGCUCCCUCCAUCCAUUUAUGAGUCCAUGAUGUAUGUGGGAUGUAACGUCAACAUGUACGACUGCUCGCGACGCGACAAGCCUCCAGUCAGCGACAAGCCUCCAGUCAACGACAAUCCACUUAGCAAGCUCCACGACAUACCCCACGAUACUUCAUAUGCCACCUCACACGCCACACCAUAUGAGCCUAGCAUUGAUGAGGCAAACAAGCCGGGCGCUGACAAACCAUACGUCGGAGAGCCAUCCAGCCACGAGCCACUCAGCUAUGGGUCGUCGAGUUAUGAGUCGUCCAGCUAUAAGCCAUCAAGCUAUAAUCCAUCAAGCUACACACCACCGAGCUACACACCAUCAAUCAACACAACAUCCAACUACACAACAUCCAGUAAUGAUUCAUCCAGUCAUGAGACAAGCAUGGAUGCGCAAAACGAUGACGAAUAUGACUUCAAAGGACCGCCGAGUGACGAGCCAUCCAUCGGCAUACCAUACGAGAAGCCAGACGACGACUCAUACGUCAACCCAUACAUCGAGCCAUACAUCAAUCCAUAUGUUGAAGAGCCAUACGACGAGGAGCCGGUAGAAGGACCUGUCAAUGAUGAUUGGCCGGUAUAUGACAAGUUGCCAGCCUUUGACCGAUGCCAAGCUAGGGUAGUGUACCCAACAAGACGCACGUCACCCAAGCCACGAAGCGCUCCGGCUCCUUCGAUCAAGCACCGCGAGCAGCAUCCCUCGCUGUGCCAGGUUGUUCAAAAAUACCAUUCGGGGGUCAAGGAAUGUGACGAGGAAUCAAUGAAGGAAUAUGCUCGCAUGGUGUACCCUCAUGUAUGCGAGCCGCAGUACCAGACGCUUUUGAUGGGCUUUCCAUGUGAAGAGGUGGCGAGGGAGCUUCGGACCAUCUAUCCAGGUGUAGCCAAUUCUACGCAUGGCUUUGCACAAGGCUACGGUGCUGAGUGUGAGUGCGGGGACGAGUGGCCAGAGUGCUUCUGCGCUGACGCCAUGGGGACUCGUAACAUUCAAGAUACGUCUCAAGUCUCUUCAGGGCAGCGAGUGUGUCUCUCGUGCCUUUGCGAGCGCAUUCUGGGCAGUCUUUCUUGCGCCGAAUUUGGGCCCAUCCUUGAGAGCGUCUUGGAAUUCUUGGGUGCGAAAUACGAAGAGCUUAUCAGCGACGAUGGCCAGGAUUGUUCGUCGAGUGGGGACCAGAGCGAGAUUUGCGUCAGGGAUCUCUGCGCUCAUCUGAAAGGCGUGACUGAUUGCGAGGGUCUGUAUGCUAUGAUCAAGGUCGGUGCCAAAGCCAAGCUAAACCGGGACAUUGAGUUUGUGGGUGACGCAGACUAUAAGCACUGAGGGUGGAUGAGAAUGUUUUGCGAGGGCAUGGGAGGGACGA